AAAUGGCACCUCACGCUCUCUCUCCUGCCGCCCAAUCGGGGACCACUUCGCCAACACCUACACAAGCACAGUCCGACAUUACCGUCCUAGCGUCCUCCCGAGCAGUGAUCAAAGGCCGCCUCACAGCCGCAACGAUUGUCAUAUCAACCGUGACAGGCAAGAUCCAGUCGAUCUGGGAAUCAGUGUUGCCCGCCUCGUCUUUCCCUGCUGGAACUCCCUAUGUCGAUCACUCGCCGCACAUCUUGAUGCCAGGACUGGUAGAUGCACACGUGCAUUUGAAUGAGCCUGGAAGAACAGAAUGGGAGGGCUUUUGGACAGGAACACGGGCAGCUGCGUUUGGCGGUGUGACAACGAUGGUCGAUAUGCCUUUGAAUGCUAUCCCUCCUACAACAACUGUUGCAGGGUUCAAAGAGAAGAUUGCGGCUGCACAGGGCAAGUGCUGGGUUGAUGUUGGCUUCUAUGGCGGCAUCGUGCCUGGCAAUGUCGAAGAAUUGAAGCCCUUGGUGAAGAUGGGUGUCCGAGGCUUCAAGGGUUUCCUCAUCGACAGUGGUGUCGAAGAGUUUCCCGCCGUAUCCUCCGAGGACAUCUCGAAAGUCUUCCGCGAGCUCGGUGACGAGCCCACGACAGUCAUGUUCCACGCAGAAAUGAUUCCUCCAGUCGCAAAAUCUGUUGGCGACGACGUACAAGCCUCAGACCCUCCCAUGGCUCCCACAGGUCCUCUGGACGUAUACCAAACUUUCCUGGAUUCCCGUCCUUCAACUUUCGAGACCUAUGCCAUUCUGGAAAUCCUGAGCUUGGCACACCUGGCACCGCAACUGCCUUUGCACAUAGUGCAUUUGUCGGCCGUGGAGGCUAUCCCUAUGUUGCGUGAAGCACGCGCCAAGGGUGUCAACAUCACCGCCGAAACAUGCUUCCACUACCUCUCGCUAGCAGCAGAGGCCAUCAAGAACGGAGACACACGACACAAAUGCUGCCCACCCAUCCGCAGCCAGAGCAACCAAGACGGUCUCUGGCACGAGAUGUGCAGACUCGACGACAGCGUCAUCAAAACCGUAGUCUCUGACCACUCUCCCUGCACGCCAAACCUCAAACUGUUGCCCGCAAACGUACCCGGCGCCAUCGAGACCACCGCCAAAGAAGGCGAGGGCGACUUCUUCUCCGCCUGGGGCGGUAUCAGCAGUGUAGGUCUGGGAAUCAGUGUCCUGUGGACCGAAGCCGCAGCCCGCAAAAUCACCAUCGAAGACGUGGUGCGUUGGUGCUGUCUCAACACUGCCAAGCAAGUUGGUCUCGAACACCAAAAGGGAGACCUUGCUGUUGGUCUUGACGGCGAUAUUGCAGUCUUCGACGACGAGGCCGAGUUUAUAGUUCAGCCCAACACUAUGCUGUUCCGCAACAAGUGCAGUCCUUAUCAGGACAAGACACUCAAGGGUGUUGUCAAGGAGACUUGGCUUCGUGGCCGCAAGAUUCAUACUCGCGAUCAAGGCUUUGUUGAGAAGACUGGUCCUGCUGGACAGCUUCUGCUUGAGCCCAGAGUCAAGGUU